AUGUCUGCGCUUCGCAAGCUUCUCUUUCCAGUACUCCUUCUCAUGGGCAUAGAUACAGCACUGUCCACUACUCUGAACGUGACAGCCAUUAAUGCUCAUGAUGGGAAAUCUCAUUUUGAAUGCUGGUCGCUCUCGGCGCCCUUUUUCUCUUCCUCCCAAGCUGGUAUCGUCGGUACCCAGGCGACACAACUCGGCGAUGUCACCAAUAUGACAUACGGCGUCAUUUCGCCAGGCUAUGAUGCCCAGUUCCAUACUGCUCCUUAUCCUCAAUGGGUGGUAGUACUCAAUGGACUUUUUACAAUUACACUCCCCGAUAAUAGCUCCGACAGUUUAACAUUAACAACGGGCGAGUCAGGCCUGCUUUUCGCAAUGGACACUCCGGACAUCAGCAAGAGAGGCCACGGUAAUUACAUUUACGGACCGGCUGAGUCGAUAUUUUUGCAAAUCCCGACGCCGAAUGGCUCGAUCCCAGAGCAUGAGCUGAUAUAUUCCGAUAAGCCCUGUGGUGCGCAAGAGUUUUCUGGGCUUCGAGAGCAGGCGACGUGA